GCCAGGCGCCAGCGGGAAACGAAAGCGAAGCGUUGCGGGGAAACGAAAGCCGGAGGCCCCAGCGGGGCAGGAGCCCUGGGGCUGGGGCGCCCUUCCGGCCUCUCCUCCUCGCCGCGAGAUUUGCGCGAUAAACGGCCGGCGCUCGGGAGCAGACGCUCGGCCCCGGGGCCCCAGGUGCGCGGCUCCGCGGGCCUGCGCGGUCCCCAGGCGCCGGCUCCCGGGGCUGACACCGAAUGAGGCCCCGCGCCGUCGGCCCCAAGAAUAUGACAGUAUCAGAAUAACAGGAGCUAACCCUAACUGAACACUUAAAGUUUGCCAGGCACUAUUCUGAAUUCUUCACAAAAAUUAGCAGUUUUACUCUGCACAAAAAUCGCAUGAGAUACGUUGCUUUGCUGAUGAAGAAAUGGAAAUCCAGAGAAAUAAAGUCGCUUACUCAAAGUCACCCAGCUACAUGAUUUGUGGCUCUGGAAGUUCAGCUACUAGGACUCUUCCAACUUCCUACAGGUGUCACGAAAGCACAAGACCACACACUUACACACAGUUCUGAUGAAAGAGGGCUAAAAGGAAGAUUUCAGUAAAAAGGUCAACAAGGCUUUCUAAAAAAACUGUAAAGAUAAAUAAAUGAUGUGUCGCAGUAAUUCUCACCAAUUAGGAAGCAUCUUAGAAAAACAUUGGAUUUCCUCUAACUAAAAACAUCUAUAAAAAGUGAUAUCAAAAUAUAGGAAGAUGUAAAUAUCUAAAUUUUAACACUGUCACCUUGCAUAAAUUAGGCUGAAUAGCUGAUGGAAUAAGACCUAAAUUCAAUUUUGUUCCAUGCCUUUUUACUGUGAUCAGAAAGGGGUCUUGAGGUGAAUGAUCCUGUACUCAUCCUCCACCAGCCAAUCAGUCUGUUUAUUAUUUGGCUUUAAAAAGAAACCCCUUCACCAUGAUGGAGCAAAAACUGUUACUUGGCUAUGUCAAGAGAAAGCAAUGCAACAAGUACAAAGCGUGCUGAUUAAUGCACCUUGUCUAUCUCUAUCAGACAAAGAGCUAGAUAUUGAUAGAGACUGCUAUCCUCAUCUGUAACUACAUCAAGCUAGAGAGAUUGUUAUAAUACAAGUGGACUGAGGCAGCCGUGAGCAGAGAAACCAGAAAUGCUCGCCCCGAUCUCUAGUCUUCAGUCUUGGCCCUGUUUCAACUUUCAGUUUCACAUGUGGAAAAAUCGAAACUCUAACUCAGCUGAGUGUUAGUCAAAGAAGGUGUGUCCUGCUCCCCAGUGACAGGUUGCUCAGAGACUGCUGAUUUCCAUCCCUAUAUAAAGAGAGUCCCUGGCAUACAGGGACUGCUCUGCUCCAGGCAUCUGCCACAAUGUGGGUGCUCACACCUGCUGCUUUUGCUGGGAAGCUCUUGAGUGUGUUCAGGCAACCUCUGAGCUCUCUGUGGAGGAGCCUGGUCCCGCUGUUCUGCUGGCUGAGGGCAACCUUCUGGCUGCUAGCUACCAAGAGGACAAAGCAGCACCUGGUCCUGAGAGGGCCAGAUGAGACCAAAGAGGAGGAAGAGGACCCUCCUCUGCCCACCACCCCAACCAGCGUCAACUAUCACUUCACUCGCCAGUGCAACUACAAAUGCGGCUUCUGUUUCCACACAGCCAAAACAUCCUUUGUGCUGCCCCUUGAGGAAGCAAAGAGAGGAUUGCUUUUGCUUAAGGAAGCUGGUAUGGAGAAGAUCAACUUUUCAGGUGGAGAGCCAUUUCUUCCAGACCGGGGAGAAUACCUGGGCAAGUUGGUGAGGUUCUGCAAAGUAGAGUUGCGGCUGCCCAGCGUGAGCAUCGUGAGCAAUGGAAGCCUGAUCCGGGAGAGGUGGUUCCAGAAUUAUGGUGAGUAUUUGGACAUUCUCGCUAUCUCCUGUGACAGCUUUGACGAGGAAGUCAAUGUCCUUAUUGGCCGUGGCCAAGGAAAGAAGAACCAUGUGGAAAACCUUCAAAAGCUGAGGAGGUGGUGUAGGGAUUAUAGAGUCGCUUUCAAGAUAAAUUCUGUCAUUAAUCGUUUCAACGUGGAAGAGGACAUGACGGAACAGAUCAAAGCACUAAACCCUGUCCGCUGGAAAGUGUUCCAGUGCCUCUUAAUUGAGGGUGAGAAUUGUGGAGAAGAUGCUCUAAGAGAAGCAGAAAGAUUUGUUAUUGGUGAUGAAGAAUUUGAAAGAUUCUUGGAGCGCCACAAAGAAGUGUCCUGCUUGGUGCCUGAAUCUAACCAGAAGAUGAAAGACUCCUACCUUAUUCUGGAUGAAUAUAUGCGCUUUCUGAACUGUAGAAAGGGACGGAAGGACCCUUCCAAGUCCAUCCUGGAUGUUGGUGUAGAAGAAGCUAUAAAAUUCAGUGGAUUUGAUGAAAAGAUGUUUCUGAAGCGAGGAGGAAAAUACAUAUGGAGUAAGGCUGAUCUGAAGCUGGAUUGGUAGAGCGGAAAGUGGAACGAGACUUCAACACACCAGUGGGAAAACUCCUAGAGUAACUGCCAUUGUCUGCAAUACUAUCCCGUUGGUAUUUCCCAGUGGCUGAAAACCUGAUUUUCUGCUGCACGUGGCAUCUGAUUACCUGUGGUCACUGAAGACACGAAUAACUUGGAUAGCAAAUCCUGAGACAAUGGAAAACCAUUAACUUUACUUCAUUGGCUUAUAACCUUGUUAUUGAAACAGCACUUCUGUUUUUGAGUUUGAUUUAGCUAAAAAGAAGGAAUACACACAGGAAUAAUGACCCCAAAAAAGCUUAGAUAAGGCCCCUAUACACAGGACCUGACAUUUAGCUCAAUGAUGCGUUUGUAAGAAAUAAGCUGUAGUGAUAUCUGUGGGGGCAAUAUUUAAUUUGGAUUUGAUUUUUUUAAACAAUGUUUACUGUGAUUUCUAUAUUUCCAUUUUGAAGCUAUUUCUUGUUCCAGGUUUGUUCAUUUGACAGAGUCAGUAUUUUUUGCUAAAUAUCCAGAUAACCAGUUUUCACAUCUGAGACAUUACAAAGUAUCUGCCUCAAUUAUUUCUGCCAGUUAUAAUGCUUUUUUUUUGCCUUUAUGCCAUUGCAGUCUUGUACUUUUUACUAUGAAGUAUAGAAAUAGUCAACAGAUGUUUCCAAGAACAUAUGAUAUGAUAAUCCUACCAAUUUUCAAGAAGUCUCUAGAAAGAGAUAACACAUGGAAAGACGGUGUGGUGCAGCCUAGCCCACUGUGGCUGUUCCAUGAAUGCUGGCUACCUAUGUGUGUGGUACCUGUUGUGUCCCUUUCUCUUCAAAGAUCCUGAGCAAAACCAAGAUACGCUUUCCAUUUGAUGAUGGAGUUGACAUGGAGGCAGUGCUUGCAUUGCUUUGUUCGCCUAUCAUCUGGCCACAUGAGGCUGUCAAGCAAAAGAAUAGGAGUGUAGUUGAAUAGCUGGUUGGCCCUACAUCUCUGAGAAGUGACGGCACACUGGGUUGGCAUAAGAUAUCCUAAAAUCACCCUGGAACCUUGGGCAAGGAAGAAUGUGAGCAAGAGUUGAGAGAGUGCCUGGAUUUCAUGUCAGUGAAGCCAUGUCACCAUAUCAUAUUUUUGAAUGAACUCUGAGUCAGUUGAAAUAGGGUACCAUCUAGGUCAGUUUAAGAAGAGUCAGCUCAGAGAAAGCAAGCAUGAGGGAAAAUGUCACAUAAACUAGAUCAGGGAACAAAAUCCUCUCCUUGUGGAAAUAUCCCAUGCAGUUUGUUGAUACAACUUAGUAUCUUAUUGCCUAAAAAAAAAUUUCUUAUCAUUGUUUCAAAAAAGCAAAAUCAUGGAAAAUUUUUGUUGUCCAGGCAAAUAAAAGGUCAUUUUAAUUUAGCUGCAAUUUCAGUGUCCCUCACUAGGGGGCAUUUAAAUGUCGCCUGAUGUCAUUAAGCACCAUCCAAAAAGUCUGCUUCAUAAUCUAUUUUCAAGACUUGGUGAUUUUGAAAGUUUUGGUUUUUGUGACUUUGUUUCUCAGAAAAAAAAAUAUAUUCCUACUUAAAUUUUAAGUCUAUAAUUCAAUUGAAAUAUGUGUGUGUCUCAUCCAGGAUAGGAUAGGUUGUCUUCUAUUUUCCAUUUUACCUAUUUACUUUUUUUGUAAGAAAAGAGAAAAAUGAAUUCUAAAGUUGUUCCCCAUGGGUUUUGAUUGUAUCUAAGCUAUGAUGACCUUCAUAUAAUCAGCAUAAACAUAAAACAAAUUUUUGCUUAACAUGAGUGCACUUUGCUAAUCAUCAUGGCACAGUGGCUCACGCCUGUAAUCCCAGCACUUGGGAGGACAAUGUGGGUGGAUUGCAAGGUCAGGAGUUCGAGACCAGCCUGGCCAACAUGGUGAAACCCCGUCUCCACUAAAAAUACAAAAAUUAGCCAGGCAUGGUGGCGUACACUUGUAAUUCCAGCUACUCAAGAGGCUGAGGCAGGAGGAUUGCUUGAACCCUGAAGGCAGAGGUUACAGAGCCAAGAUAGCGCCACUGCACUCCAGCCUGGAUGACAGAGCAAGACUCUGUCUCAAAAAAAAAAAAAAAAAAAAGCAAGAGAGUUCAACUAAGAAAGGUCACAUAUGUGAAAGCCCAAGGACACUGUUUGAUAUACAGCAGGUAUUCAAUCAGUGUUAUUUGAAACCAAAUCUGAAUUUGAAGUUUGAAUCUUCUGAGUUGGAAUGAAUUUUUUUCUAGCUGAGGGAAACUGUAUUUUUCUUUCCCCAAAGAGGAAUGUAAUGUAAAGUGAAAUAAAACUAUAAGCUACGUUAAAUACA